AUGCCGUCCUCCUCCGGCAACAUUUGCGGUAGCUGCUGUCGGUGGCGGGGAGAGCGGCGUCCUCUUCGCGACUCUCCUGACCCGGACCGAAUAUCCGGGCGUUAGGUUUCCACGAUCAAGGCUCGCUGGGGCACCGGCGGCGGACCGGUUUUAGCGGUAGGCGCAUUUCCGGUGAGCAGUUUCCAUGGCGGCAGGCGGGUGAUCCGCGUCCUUGUGGUGACGAUGCAGGCAGUGGGCCGGCACUCUAACGCGUUAUUGCAGCUCACACUGGCCGUAGUCAAGCCUGAUGCUGUGGCACACCCGCUCAUUCUACAGGCUGUCCAUCAGAGGAUUCUGGACAACGGCUUCAUCAUUGUGAUGCACAAAUACUUAAAAUGGAGUCAGGAGGAGUCCCGAAGGUUUUACGCAGAACAUUCAGACAGAUUCUUCUAUCAGCGAGUGGUGGAAUUCAUGGCCAGUGGACCCAUGCGAGCGUACAUCCUGGCCCAGCAUGACGCGGUGACCCGCUGGCGGCAGCUGAUGGGCCCCACCCGGGUGUUCCGAGCCCGCUUCUCUGCACCGGACUCCAUCCGUGGCCACUUGGGGCUGACAGACACCAGAAACACCACGCACGGCUCAGACUCUCCUGAAUCGGCUGCGAGAGAGAUCGCCUUCUUCUUUCCGGAGUUUGAUCAGCGGCGUUGGUGGAGCACCGAGGAGGAGCUCUAUCGGCAGGGACACUACUGCUACCACCCACUGCAACAGCAGCACAUCCUGCAGAACCCCCAGACCCCGCUGGCCGAGGGGCAGGCGCACUGACAGGAGGGGAGGGUCAGGGGAACUGAUUUGGGUGGGGUCAAGGGGGGUGGGAGCAGUCACCCCAGGCUAGGGUCUAGAGUUGAGUGGCAGUGAUCCCUGGCCGAAGUCAGAGGUGAGAGUCAUCGACCUUGACUGGAUCAGAGUAAAGGGUCUGCGUACCGCCAGCUGUGUUCGGCUCUGGUCUGCGUACAACACUGUGUCCGGCACCCUGACCUGUGCAGUGCACGAUCAGCAGAAAUGUUUUUUUCAAGAUACAGUGCAGAAUAGGCCUCUCUGGCCCUUUGACCGGUGACACCCAGCAACCCCCGAUUUAACUCGAACCUACUUUGGACUGUGGGAAGCAACCGGAGCGUCUGGAGGAAGUGCAUGCGCUCAUGUGAAGGACAUACAAACUUGCUAACGGAGGACGCAGUGAUUGCGCUCUGAGCUCCGAUACCCCACACUGUUAUAGCGCAAUGCUACCGUGGUGCCCAGGUACCUGCCAUGUGAACAUUCUUUGGUCAGUUAAUCCCCCACCCCAUUGGUGCAACUGGAGGCCCCUGAGUAUCCCUGCUCCCUCCUGAGGACUGGACACUGAGAGAAUGACCUACUCACUGUGAUUUUUUUUCCAUAAUGACUUCUGAUGUUAAAUAAAUUUUUGU